GCUGACUCCACUUCCGCAUUUUCAAGGCAUAAUGGACACAAACGUACAAAACACUGAGAAACAGACCCGAGCCCUCGUGAUUGCUGUAUCGGCACGUGCCAUUUUUCAUCUGGAUCAGACCCCAACUCAACCGCCCGCAGAAUCAGAACCUCUUCCUCAGGGCACAGCCUUUUCUUUCAUCGAGGCAGUGAAGUUAGUCAAUGAGAGACUUGUCAGUCAGAAUCAAAAGGAAGACUUGCUCUUAAAUGUGUUCCUGAUUGAAAAGGACUAUGGGGAACAACAAAAAAGGAUAGUAAACAGCGCAAUGCAUUAUGGACUCGAUAUUGAGCAGUUCUGGUUUUGCAGUGAAGAGGAUUUCAUCAGUAGUCUGCAAGAAAAUCAUGUUUCUUUGUUCCUUUCAACAGACAAAAAUGAUGUCUACAGUGCUCUACAACACGGGGUUCCAGCAGCAGUACUACACCACCACACUGAUCAGCAGCAGCCGCAGCCGCUCAAGGUAGUCUUCUCAGGGGAUGUCAUUGGCCUCUCUGAGGAUACACUACGUAACCUGCCGCAUCUCAGUUUUAGUGAAUCUCAGAUAGAGAUCUUCAAAGCUGCAAAGAGUUGCAUCAGAGAAUUCGCUGUGUUGCUUGGAGAAAUCAGGAGGAAGUUUGAGCGAGAGGGUGGUCCUUUAUGUACCAGUCUCAUCACUGUGUGGGGGAACAGGGAUGUGUUUGUGAACGCUCUAAGAACCCUGAGAGAAUGGGGUCUGGACGUUGAUGAGGCCUUUUGCUUGGCUGGGGCCCCUCGCAGUCUCAUUCUGGAUCACGUACUGCCCACCGUUUUUAAGUUUUAG